AUGGUCGAUCUCAGGACGCCAAAGAACCAGAACAUUCCUGUCCGCCCCUUACCUGCGGAAAUUUCCUGGUCGGGGCAAACUCCAAAUACUAUCUGGGCAGGAUUUUCGGAACUUAUCGAAGAAGGCUCUAAAACUCGAAUUGCGAUCGUGAUUCGCAAUUCGACAUACUUGCUGGACUGUGUCAUUCAUGAAUGGGAAGAGCGUGCUUCUCGAGAUCCGGCUGAGAUCAGCCAUGAGAUCAUCUCGCAGCUCCAGAACUACAGCGCCAAGUAUAUGGAGAAGUUCAUCGGUGCUGGCUUGCCAGAGUCCCUUGUCCUGAAAUGCCCGGGUCUUUGCUCUCAGCUCUGGUUCAGGCUUGAUAUUGUGCCGUUAGUGCUGAGACAUGAAGCUCGCGCGAGGAAUGCGAAUGACCGGGGUGAGCUGGCCACCUUCUGGGGCUGGGAAAGAAAAGCACUAGAUGAGCAGGCGGAUUCCAUGGCGCGAAAAUGCAUACGAUCUUUUGGGAUUGGACAUGUGACUCACCCCCAGAUCAGUCAUGACAGUCUUGUGGAGGUUGAUAGUCAUUUCAUGGCAUGUCUUGCAGAUAAGCAAGACUACGAACAGACUGUCAAACCUAGGUCAUGGGCUAUUGCUCAGCAAUAUGCCGGAGACCUCAGAGAAAGGCAAGUCAAAGUUGCAUUCUUCAGCCUGACUUGUCAGGGCAAACCCGAUGUACAUACGAGGCAUGCCUUGGUGAGGUUUGCUCAUUGUAUGGGGGUUGAUUUCAGGUGGUAUGUUGCGAAGCCACGUCCAGGGGUACUCAAUAUUAUUCAAAAGAUGAGGGACAUCCUGGAGGGGUUGAAUGACUCCCUCAAGUAUCUUUCAGUUGAUGACGAGUUGGAGAUUUUAGAGUGGGUAUAUGAGAAUGGCAGACGAUAUUGGCUGCGCCACAAUGGGCCCCUUCUGCCCAGGUCAAAGGGAGGUGUAGAUGUGGUGGUCAUUGAUAGUGCACCUCUACUCACCCUGGCGCUUUUGUCUAAGCAACAGGACCCCCAGCGACCAGUUCUAUACGAAAACCGUUUAAUGCUUCAGAAUAGCAUCGUUGAGGAUCCUAAUAGUCCGUCGGCUAGGGCCUGGGACUUCAUUCAGACGAGGUUAGAACAUGUGGAUCUAGUGGUUUCUCCAGUACCAAACCCAUUGGCACCGCACAUAUUACCCAGAAAGCACAUUGGAUUUAUUCCAGUUUGUGUUGACCAGUGA